AUGGUGAUUACAAAGCCUGCUGCAAUCCCCACCGUGCCUUCCGAAGUUCGGUUGAACUCCAAUCGUACACUGAGAUACGUAGCACCAUUUCCAACUGAAAAUAGCACUUCUGAUGCACUUUUCAAAAGAAUUAGAUCGUCAGAAUGUAAGUCAGUCAUCACAAUCAUCAAAUCUGAUAUUUAGCCCAAAGCGACAGCGAAAACUGGGAAGGGAUCAUGGAAAUGUGCCAAGCCAUCGACGACAUCUUCGAGAUCGACAAGGACACCGAACUCAUGGCCGACAAAAGCGUUCUUGAGAUCGGAUUCUGCACUGGUCUCCCAAGUGUGUUUGCACUAGAUAGUGGAGCAUCAGAAGUCACGAUACAUCCAUGGAAUCCAGCUAGUUUAGAACUCUUUGUAAAGCCUACGAUGCGAAGGAACAAAGCUCCAAAGAACAGGUGCAAGUUCAACACAUCAACAUUCAGUUCGACCAUCCGCAGUUUGGGGGGAAAGAAGUUUGAUGUAAUCCUCGCUCCAGAAUUACUGUACGUAGACGAGGCCGACUUCGAAGCCAUUCACGACAUAUUAGACGCUGCUCUGACGCCAAAUGGUAUCGUGCUGAUCUGUUCCCGACCUUACUAUGCCAACUGUUCGGGUAACAUACCGGCGUUCCUAGAGUUGUGUAAACUGAAGGGAACGUUUGAUGCUCACUUCAAAUGGACCUCAUCCAAGACCGAUCCAGCUCCACACAAACUCAUCCAACUCACUCGCACUAUCCGAUAG